CUUCCCAUCGUUUUCCAGAACCCUCUCUCUGACUCCCAUUUUGGACAGCACGGUCGGAAACUGCUUCGUAGGCAAAACUCCAAAGGAAAUCCCACAAAUACAGCAUGAGAGCAAAGUCAGUACACAGUAGCGAUACCUGGCCGGCAACAUCUAUCGGCAUACACGAUGUUUGCGAAUUUAGAGUUAUGAAGGAGAUGCAGGGAGCCAUAAUAUUUGCUGCAGCUUUUCAUGAAAUACUUGGAUACAGUGGGAUUGCAAUGAUAUUUUUGAACAGCAGAUAGUCACAUAUGGAAAGCAGAGCUCAAAAUCAUUAAAAAGGUCAAAGUCAAGGCAUCAUAAGAAGUGUGCUUGCUUCCAUUUUGUAAAAGAAGGGGUUUUCUUUCCCCAUCAUCUGGAUUCCGGAGCAGAAGCACUCAUGCUAGCAGCCACAAAACAGUGAAAGAAAUUUCCAAGUUUGUAUGCAAAAGUUUUUUGGUCAAGCACUCCACAGCCGACUUUUUUCGCCGUUUAUUGUAUUGAAACCUGCAUAUCUGUUCGGGUGGGAAAAACUGUUCUAUACAACAAUUUGCAUGACCCCAAAGGCGUUAUGCAUAUUUUGGAACUGCUGCUUUUGUAUUGAGAUCCGGAAUGCCAUUGAGGAACCUUUAAGUGCCAAUAUUUCAGGUGGGAAAACCUGCAGGUUCUUCAUGACUUACCAUGGAAUGCAGUAUUUCUUACAAACAGCAGUACAUCAAGGUAUCAACCAGAAAAAGAGAGGCCAUGGUUAUAUGAAAUUCAGAUUGCGACCAUCAACUAAACCGAUCAACAAAAUUUGCAGUAACAAACAUGGUCAUAAGAUUACCUCUUUGUCAUGGAAGAGGCAUUUGCGCGACUUGAUAGAAUUGGUAACAACGCGAUCGGGGAUCAAAUAGGUUCAAAUGCACCGCAAUUUGAUUGCACAUUUCAGCCGCGUUGGUGAAAGUUCAUUGGCAGUGAUGAACAAAUCCGCCAUAGUUUCAGAAUCUUGAUUAUAAGUAUCCACCUAGUUUCAGAAUCAUGGUAUAAAGCCAUAUUUAUAGCCUGUCAAGGGUAAUGAAUCGGGAACCAAAGAUCAUAAUAACAUUCAUGGAAGCAAAUGAAAAGCCGCCUAUUUUAAAUAUAGAUCAGACUUCAAUGUAAACAAUUAAAUAGAUUGGAAGUAUAAAACAUUAAGGAGUCUAAUUCCCAAAAAUGACUCUUCGUAUAACCUAGUCUUUGCCAA